GUGAGAUGCAUUUCAAGAGCCAUUUUCUAUCUCAUUAGAAGAUUUUAUUUCUUUAUACUGUUGAUCAACUUCAAGAAUUUCACGUAUUUUGUGUGUCUAUUCAUUAAUUGCAUCAAAUCAAAAUGCCUUUUUAUCAAUUCAAUUCGUCUACAGGUCGUCUGAAGAAAUCUGCUUAUUUACAACCACUUUAUCCUACUUCAACACAUCCAUUGAAUAAAAAAGAACUUCUAGAAAUGAUUUGGGAUUCCAUAAAGACUAAGCCUCUAAGAACGAUUUCACCAUCAUCAAUGGGAUUUUCUACGCUCAAUCCUAAAAUGCUUGCAAAGUAUAAAAAAUUUCAGGUUAAUGUUGAAAAACCAGUAUAUUUAAUGGGAGGAUCUCCUGAUAAAAUUUUAUUUACAACAACUUGUAUAUUGGUGGUCGCUGGAGUUGCGCAAUGUUUGAAGUUGUUCUAUGAUAUGGCUAAUCCAAAGAAACUAUAAUAUGUAUCAUAACUAGACUGAAUUAAAAUUUCUUCGAUAGUUAUACAUAACUGAUUUUAUUUUUU